AUGUCGCCCGCCGCUUCGCCCUCGCCCGACAGCCUGGCCGCACCUCCGCUUCUCUCAGACCACGCCGAGUGGCAGCGCCUCAUCGCUCAUCGACGGGCGCUACACAGCCUCAGGCAGGCCAACCUCAACCGCCAAAAGGACCUCUCUCUCACCCUCGACCAGCUCUACCGCGUCUAUCGCGGCCUCUGCGAAUGCCUCCGCUGGCUUGAUCAGGCAGACCUCUGCGACCUCGAGGACCGCGCUGCCGAAGUUGUCCGCAUAGACCAACAGCCCGAGGACGACGCCACACAGUGCCCCUUCGCCUCCGACAUGAUCCGCCAGACGCCACUCCUUCGCCAGCAGGCCGUCGAGAGAGCCGAAUUCGACAUGCUUCUCGCCGGCUCGCCCUGGUCCAACGCCGAGGAUCAGCAGCUUCAGGUCGCAGUCAUGCUGGCAGCCAGGAAAGCCCUCGCCUUUCGUCCACGCACAGAGGACCGCCGAGGCAUCGAUCCCAUGCAUCUCGCAGCGAAUGCCACCGAAGAGGAGCUCUUACGUUGCGCAGAUGUCCAGGACCAUCACGGCUCAGUUCAGGAUGGAUUCCAGCAUCUCGACUGGAACAUGGUGGCCAGCCGUGUACCCUCGCGCAAUGCCGAAGAAUGCCGCACCAGAUGGAUCCAGGUGUUGCGACCUAGCAUCUCCUGCGCGCCUUGGAGCAGCACAGAGCUCAAGCGCCUCGAGAGCGUCGUCGCGCUACACCUUGCCGAGUCUCGAUACGAGCCCAUACCCUGGGACGAGAUCGCUUCGACGCUGCCCAUCAAGAGGACCGGCUUCGCGGCCUUCGUGGCCUAUAACCGCAUCGCGCCGCCGAAUCCGCCUUUCACGCCAUCGGAGGACGAUCAGCUGCGCAGACUCUUCGAUCUGUUCAGCGGCGCGUGGAAGCUCAUCACGCUGCAUCACCCUUCGGCCAGGCCCAACUACAAGCUUUACAGUCGCUUUGCACGCAGCAUCGACCCCGGCAUAACAAGGGGCAAAUGGACGGCCGAGGAGGACGCGGCUCUGGUCGAAGCUGUGGCAAGGCACGGUGAAAGGGACUGGAAGACGAUCGCGACGAGGAUAGGUGCUCGGACCGGAAGCCAGUGCCGAGACCGGUACAAGAAUCGCCUCGAGCCUCGAGGGCGCCUCGGAGUCGCUGUCAGGCCCGAUUCCGCACCUGUGACGACCUCGGCUCCUAUCGCCGCUGCAGGAGGUACAGUGGCGGUGGGCCGAGACUCCGCCCCCUUCUCUGCUGCCACUAUCGCCACCAGCUCGACUGUCGCUGCUGCCGCUACCGCCAAUGCUCCUAUCGCCGCCAUCGCCUCGGCAGCUGCUGCCCAGACCGACGCAACUGGCCGCGCAAGCGCAGAAGCUCAUAUGCCUGGCUCGACGCCUGCGACGAGCACGAAAGCGAAGAAGACGUUCAAACGGUGGACCGAGGAAGAGACGGCGAUCCUCUCGUCCCUUCUCGACGCGGAGCUGGAGCCACCAGCGGGUCAGUCUUGGGCCUCCAUCGCUCAGCAACAUUGUGACAAGGUCCAGCAAGCUUCCGUCGGUGAUCUUGACGGAGGGCAGGGCGGAAGCAUCCAGCUGCGACCCAUCAGUGCCAAGCAAGCCAGGGACCGGGCCGCUACAAUCAGAAAACAGCGCGAAGAGGCCCCCAGCGGCCGAGCCUCCAGCCGUGCAUCCUCCAAGGGCUCCUCGGCCGCCGCAGGGAAAAGGGCAAGGUCGAGUCCGGACGACGGACCAUCGCAAGGCAGUAAGAAGAGCAAGCGGUUGGCCGGGGCAGGAGAGCCACUGCCACCGGCCACAUAG